AUGGGCACUCUACGGACUGUGGCCCUGACCAUCCUGGGGAUCUCGGCGUUUGUCUUCAUUGCCCUCUUCGGCAGACUGCCGCUAUUCCGCAAAACCCCCGUGGCUGUUCUACACCGGGCCCUGUGGGUAUAUAUCCCCAAUGGAAUUAACUUCAUCGACUCUCGCCUGCUUGGGGGUCGAGUAGUGUGGCUGUGGAAACGAUCCGGCAGUUACGUCCUCAAUGAGAACCAUCCAUUAGUCUUGAUUUUCUUUUUGUCCUUGCUCUUGAUUGGCGAGUAUAUCUUCCUGCCACCGGCCUGGCCCCGGCUCUCCAGCUCUCACAAGUCCUGGGUGCUCGCCGUGGUCGUCGUACCAUAUUUUCUGAUCUACAAGUGCGUGGUGACCAAGUCCUUCAUCACCUCGCAAAACUACGAGGAAGAGAUGAAGCGAUAUCCCUACGACCGGGCCCUCUUCCACCCAGGGAAUCACUGCAGCACCUGUCACUUCCUCAAGCCGGCCCGUAGCAAACACUGCAGCAUCUGCCGGGCCUGCGUGUCAAGACAUGAUCACCACUGCGUGUGGCUGAUGAACUGUGUCGGGGCUCAAAACUACCCCUACUUCCUCUUGCUGCUCCUGUCACUUUCCGUACUGUUGAUCUACGGCUCCGUUCUGGGCUAUUCGCUGCUCUGCCAGACCCUGGAGCAGUACGUGUCGCUCGAUAUGCGCGAAGAUAUGCGGGGGAGCUGGGUAACCUAUAUCAAUGUCUGGACGUCGGUUAUUACCUUUGAUCCCCAGAUCGGGACGGUGUUUUUGUUGAUGCUCAUGACGGCCCCGUUGACUGUCGCGUUUCUUGUCUACCAUACCUAUCUCGUCUGGGCAGGCAUGACGACCAACGAGAGCGCUAAAUGGUCGGAUUGGAAGGAAGACGUUCUCGAUGGAUUCGUCUACAAGGCCAAUCGGAAUGAGAUUUUUGGGCUAUCGUCCCGGUCAGACUGGCCGGUCCAUAGCGAUCAGAUUCUGGUCGUCGACGACGAACCUCCACGAGGCGAGUACGUGUUGGCAGCUGCCUCCAGCCGGAUCGCCCAUCAGGGUCGGCCUGAGGCACCGGUGGAUGUGCGGUGGAGGCGACUGCGUAGUAUGCGGGAUGUGGACAAUAUUUAUGACAUGGGAUUUUGGCUCAAUUUGCGAGAUGCCAUGGGAUUUUCCGCCAAACCCCGUUGCACUCCGGCGGAGCUAAUGCUCAAGGUCAUCCUGGCCGGCACUCUGAGCCACUACGAGACUCGAGGCAUGAUUGACGACAAGCGCCUGGAGCACAUGCUGGCCGCUGGAAAGCAGAUCUUGUACAAGACACACCAGGAGAGCGAUGUUCGGCACAAUCUCGGUAUGUCGCCGGACAUCUGGAAAGGCCUCACCGACGUCCUCACCAACGCCAUCCCCGUCCUCGAGUCGCAGUCCUUUGCGUGGAAAAACCCUGCCUCAGCAAACUACGACCACUCCUCCUCCAACCUCAUCGCGUUCCAUUAUUUCUCGCUCGUCAAGGACAUCGAGCGUCUCAAUGACCUCUGCACCAUCGCGCGCAACCUUCUGGCAACAACAAAGAAAGCACAGAACCUUGCCGCGGAGAAAGGGUUCGACCAGAGGAUUCUUGCAUUGAUUGACACCUGUGUGCGUGUAACGGCUCGUGGAUUCGAUGGAGAAACAAAUGCACGAAAUGAGGAACGGUGGCAGAAAGUGGUCAACCUGUACAAGCGGCUGUUGAUUACCUGCCUCCAAUACCUGCACAAUUUCAUCAUGCAUAACGAACAACGGAAGAUGGUGCUGUGGCUGGAUCUUUUUGGGUAUCAUUCCACUGGUGAUUCGAACAUUAUUCAGCCCAAGGAACCGUUGGACCAGAUCAAUGGUCGCGCGGAGGGAGUGGCACCCAUCGUAAAGACUGGAGAACGCGUGGUGAACCCUCCCAUUCGAGCAUUAUAUGAUCAGACCGCCGAGGACUUGUUAUUGGAGACUAUCUCGAACUUCCCUCGGGAGCCAUCCACGAUCAAGGAAGAAGCGGCGAUGUUGCUUCUCGCCAAUAUCAAGGACCACAUGGAAAAACUACUAGGCCGAGACUUGACCGCUAUCCAGGAAAUGGGCAAGGACCCGGUACAAGUCAAGGAGAUCCGCGCUGCAUUGACAGCUAUCCUGGGCGCCAAGGUGGAUGGGUGGUCCGAUCUUCAAGACCGCGCUCGUGAUCUCCCACCUGCGCUUCCGGAAGAUGAACCUCCGCGCAAACGGCCGAUUCUGACGAUCGACCGCAGUUAUACCGCUGGUUACCCGCGCAUCUGCUGGGCUGAUAUGCCAGACCUCAAUGAGUUUGGUGCACUUGCUGCUGUGGAUGCACCGGUCACGGAAGAAGACACCAGCAUGCCACGGUCAGCUCAGUCUGCGGCUGAGACGCUUCAAGAAGCCAAGGAUGAACUUAUGGCACGGCUGCAGGAGUCGUCCCAGCUCGGCGGUGAUCCAGAUGGGGACUAUGAUCACGACCAUGAUCAUGACCACGAUCACGAUCACGAACACGACCACGAUCACGACCAUGACCACGAUCACGACCACGACCACGAACACGAACAUGACCACGAUCACGACCACGGCGAUGUAGGGACAGUGGGCGACGACGAUUCGCGCAGUUUGGAAGCUGUCGCUGACGGAAGUAUUGAAGAGGACGAUGAAGAAGACGAUGAGGACGACGACGACUACCGGGGUCGACCAGGCGAUCAACAGCGUGGCCUUCUGACCGAUAUUCCUCUUGUCUUGGGACCCGCGGAGAUUGAAGCUCUACCUAUGAUUGUCCAGGCCGGCAUCGUCGACAGCUUUGGGUUGAAGGGAGGCGAACGCAAUGGUUCUCGGAACAUGCAAGCCAUGCGGUGUCAUGUUCUGCUCACCCAGGAGACGGGUCGAAACCUGCUGCGCGAACUUCUGAUCUUCAUUGCGGCAUGGGACCUCCCUGACGAUGAGCUCUACUUCAAAAUGAUGGUCCAGAUCAUGGAGGCCGUGCUCAAGAACGGACUCAUGUCUCACGCAUACUCGGACUUUGGCCAACCCAAGGACAUCAUUUCUCCCGCGCAGGCAGUGGUCAUCAAAAUCCUCACCCACAUCUUUCGCUCCAAGUACUCCCCGUCCCCGGUCACCGGCUCCUCGCAAAAGCGCGUUCCCUCGCCACUGUCGCGCGUCGACAUCCUGACUGUGCGCUACAUCUUCACCAUCUUCCGCGGUAACAUCAUCCCAGAAACCUGCGCCCUGAUCUACCUGCAAGGCCAGAUCCGCGACGGCAUGGCCCUGCCCGAGGACUUCCCCUUAAAUCUGUGGGACAUGGAACGGGUGUACGAAGGCGUCUAUCAGUUCCUGGAGUUCUUCGCCGUGCUCACAGAGAACAACGACUGGAAGAACCUGCUCGUGAAAUGGGAGAUUGUCUAUGACCUGGUAACCCUCAUCAAGGAGCUGGAAGCCAGCAUCCCCAAGGGCCAGCUCAAUUCUCUAUCCUUUGGCUCUGUCCCUCCGCCUCCCCCACCCCCGCGCAGCACCUCGCGCAGCACCGCCGAGUCUGCCCUCCCCACCGCCCCCGUGGCCGUCGAGCGGCCCUACGACCCUAACGACCCCGAUCCCAUCGACACCUGCGCCGCCAGCGUGGACUCCCGCCCGGAAUCCCCACCUAUCUCAGAAGACCCCUCUGAAUUCGAAUGGCGCAACCUCAAGAAACUCGUUGUCCUCGUUCUCUCGUCACUCGUGUGGAAAUGUCCCGAGGUGCAAGAACAGAUCCGUCGACAUGGCGGCGUCGAGGCUAUUCUCUGCUGCACGGCUUUCGACGCCCAUAACCCUUACAUCAAGGAGCACGCCGUUAUGUGUUUGAAGUUCUUGCUGGAGGGGAACCGCGAGAACCAGCGGCUUAUUGAGGAGUUGGAGGCGCGCGAGGUCGUUAAGGAUGAGGGAGGUGUUUUGGAACGCAGUGGUGUUCAGGCUAUGAUUGAUCAGGCUGGUAAGCUGGCUAUUCGGCCAAAGGACGGUGGUUUGUUGAUCCACGAGUAG